AUGCCCGAAAAAGGUCCAUGUACUGAUAUAACAUGUAAUAAUGAAAUCAAAGAAUUAUAUGAAUGUCAUUGUUGUUUACGUCUUAUUUGUUUAUAUCAUUUGAAUAAACAUGUUGAAAUAAGAAAAGAAAAUAAUAAACAACGAUUAGAUAAUCUUCGUAAUGAAUUAAAUACAGUUAUAUAUACACUUAAACAAAUUGUUGUUCUUAUGUUUGCAAAUGAUCAACAUGUAAAUGAAGAAGAAGAGAAACGUAAACGAAAACCAUACAGAAAAAUUUUUGGUGAAUGUCCAUUAACAUUCAAUGGAGCAUAUGGUCUUACUAAAGCAAAUCAUUCUAUUGAGUUUUCUCAACGUUUGGUACGAGCUAUUGUUGAUGAUCAAGAUCCUAGGAAAACAAAAUUAUUUGAUAGAAAUGAAAAUGUAAUUAAUCAUUUUUAUAAAGUUCCAUGUCCUUUCUUUUAUGAACAAAUUAAUUCAUCAGAAUAUACUCGACAAAAUAUAGCAACUGUACCAUGUCAACUUCGAUUAGUUACACUUCAUAAUUUCAAACAACAUUUACGACUUAAUCAUAAGAUUUCUAAUUUGUUGGCACAAAAAUUAGUGGAUAGUUUCAAGAAAAGUCAAGCAAAAAAUGAUACCAAUUUGGCUUCACUAAUUCCAUCAACAUGA